UUGCUGUCAGUCAUGAAGCUGUGGUCAAUACUCCUUCUCACACUUCUUGUAGCCCUGCUGAGGGCUCAGGAUGGUGCAGGCGAUGGUGCAGGAGUAGUCGAUGGUGCAGGCGAUGGUGCAGGAGUAGUCGAUGGUGCAGGCGAUGGUGCAGGCGAUGGUGCAGGAGUAGUCGAUGGUGCAGGCGAUGGUGCAGGAGUAGUCGAUGGUGCAGGCGAUGGUGCAGGAGUAGUCGAUGGUGCAGGCGAUGGUGCAGGAGUAGUCGAUGGUGCAGGCGAUGGUGCAGGAGUAGUCGAUGGUGCAGGCGAUGGUGCAGGAGUAGUCGAUGGUGCAGGCGAUGGUGCAGGAGUAGUCGAUGGUGCAGGCGAUGGUGCAGAAGUAGUCGAUGGUGCAGGCGAUGGUGCAGGAGUAGUCGAUGGUGCAGGCGAUGGUGCAGGAGUAGUCGAUGGUGCAGGCGAUGGUGCAGGAGUAGUCGAUGGUGCAGGCGAUGGUGCAGGAGUAGUCGAUGGUGCAGGCGAUGGUGCAGGAGUAGUCGAUGGUGCAGGCGAUGGUGCAGGAGUAGUCGAUGGUGCAGGCGAUGGUGCAGGAGUAGUCGAUGGUGCAGGCGAUGGUGCAGGAGUAGUCGAUGGUGCAGGCGAUGGUGCAGGAGUAGUCGAUGGUGCAGGCGAUGGUGCAGGAGUAGUCGAUGGUGCAGGCGAUGGUGCAGGAGUAGUCGAUGGUGCAGGCGAUGGUGCAGGAGUAGUCGAUGGUGCAGGCGAUGGUGCAGGAGUAGUCGAUGGUGCAGGCGAUGGUGCAGGAGUAGUCGAUGGUGCAGGCGAUGGUGCAGGAGUAGUCGAUGGUGCAGGCGAUGGUGCAGGAGUAGUCGAUGGUGCAGGCGAUGGUGCAGGAGUAGUCGAUGGUGCAGGCGAUGGUGCAGGAGUAGUCGAUGGUGCAGGCGAUGGUGCAGGAGUAGUCGAUGGUGCAGGCGAUGGUGCAGGAGUAGUCGAUGGUGCAGGCGAUGGUGCAGGAGUAGUCGAUGGUGCAGGCGAUGGUGCAGAAGUAGUCGAUGGUGCAGGCGAUGGUGCAGGAGUAGUCGAUGGUGCAGGCGAUGGUGCAGGAGUAGUCGAUGGUGCAGGCGAUGGUGCAGGAGUAGUCGAUAGUGCCGCCGAUUCGACUCCUUCUACAUCGACUUCUUCUGCAUCGACUUCUUCUGCAUCGACUUCUUCAACAACAGAUGAUGGUGCAGGAGUAGUCGAUGGUGCAGGCGAUGGUGCAGGAGUAGUCGAUGGUGCAGGCGAUGGUGCAGGAGUAGUCGAUGGUGCAGGCGAUGGUGCAGGAGUAGUCGAUGGUGCAGGCGAUGGUGCAGGAGUAGUCGAUGGUGCAGGCGAUGGUGCAGAAGUAGUCGAUGGUGCAGACGAUGGUGCAGGAGUAGUCGAUGGUGCAGGCGAUGAUGCCGCCGUAAAAGAAGAAGAUGCAGAAGAUGAUACAGCUGAUGGAUACAAAGUUCAAAUCAGUUUUGUUGUUUUUGUGAUCAGUUUGUUGAGAAACGUUCUUCGCUGGUAGUCAACAAUUCACGUUGAUCAGAUUUUACAUUGCUCCCCCUUCGAUAGACGCUCAGUAUUAUAAUAGUGACAAACAUUAUAGAAAAGCAACUUAGCUGGGACUUUACAAAUUCUAAAUAGUGGAUGAUUAUGAAUGGAUAAUUUUAUUGCUUCACAAUACAAAAUAAUUCUCAAAUGCCGUAUGAAUGUUGUAAUGCAUCACUGCAGCUAAUUAAAAUCGUUUUACUGACA